CCAGAGUUCCACUGACAGUCAGAGCUUCAGCGUGUGUUUCGAGCCGCCUGCUGGUGCAGCUCUGAGACUGGAAGCUCGGGAGCAGGGCCGUCCUCCUCCCUGACCCUGGCCCGUCGAUGGGGGGAAAAAAAGUAGUGUAGGGGCUGGGAUGCAAAGAAACACAGCGUUGCAGGCUGGAAAGCGGGACUGUUGUUGGUGCAGGACAUGAAAUAUGACCACCUUUGCGGAGUAAACGCUGUUGUGCACCAACAUGAUGUGGGCUUUGAAUUGGAGUAGAACCGCUGCGAUUGUACUCUACCUUGUUGGGAACCUCGUCUCCAAAGGCAACACAAAAACAUCACCCGAGGACACCGGCACACAAGAGGUGACGCUGAAAGUUCACCUCAGCGACAGCAGCACUCACCAGCCCCUGCUCGGCGCCGCCAUACAGCUCUUUGCCAACAACACUCCUGUAACCUUGGAAACCUCAUCAGCUGAUGGAAACGCCUACUUGCACUUCUCCUUCCGCCUUGGGACUCCACUGGUUGUCACCGCAACCAAGCAAGGAUAUGUGCCAAACUCAGUUCCCUGGACUCCCUCUAAAUUACCUGUGUUUUCCUCUAUUAGUUUGGAUCUUCUUCCAGAAAGAGCUGCUACUCUGAUGGUCUAUGACGAUGUUGUGGAGAUUGUGUCAGGUCUACAAGGGUUAAGAGACCAUCCAGGAGUUCAUUUCCAGCGCAGAGCUCUUAGUCUUCCUUCCAACACUUCCUAUGCAAACCUGACGGCUCUCUUCACCGUGGCGAGCUCCCCCUCACAAAUCCAGCAUUUUCCCUACCUGCAAACCUUUGGCAGCAACCUCACAGGCACAGAGAAGAAGCUGGAGCUGACUCCUGUUGCAGCCAUCUCUGUUCACCUGUUAGCCAGCGAUGGAGCAGAGCUGCAGGUGAACGGACCAAUCACAGUCUCCCUGCCUCUGCCGAGUGACAGCAACCUCAAAGAAAAUGAUCACAUCCCCGCGUGGAGAUUUGACCCUCGUUUAGGCGCCUGGAUUAAGAGCAGCUGGGGUCACGUGCAGAGGCAGGGGAACCAGCUCACUUUGACCUACAUUGCUCCACAACUGGGAUAUUGGGUGGCUGCCAUGUCCUCUCUGCACUCAGGUCCAAUGGUUGCGAAAGACAUCAGUACAUACCACACAGUUUUCCUGCUGGCUAUACUGGGAGGCAUGGCCCUCAUCCUUCUCUGUUUGCUUUGCCUUCUGCUCUAUUACUGCAGACGUCGCUGUUUAAAGCCACGGUCCCAUCGCAAGAUGAUGCUGUCUUCUGGUCUGGACAGCAAUAAGAAGGACCAAGCCACCUCCAUGUCUCACAUGAACCUCAUCAACAAUGAGGUGCAGCUGGAACUGGUUUCCACAGCCACUGAGCCUGACAUGACCACGCCGAUGCUGAAGCCUUCGCCCUUCGAGCAUCAGGACAAUCAGCGUCAUCACAGUCUGAUCCAGCACAGCAAACAGAGCCGUUCGUCUCUCGGCAACCACAGCCUUCACGGUUCCUCGCUCGGCAAUCUGACACCUCGCAGCAGAGACUACCGUCAGUCUGCGGAGACGUUCCAGUUAAAGGCCGCUCUGUUGUCUGGGACAGAACGGAGUUACCGUCAAUCCUACACCUCUGUCUGCUCAUCCAGCAACCAGAUUUCAGAGGCCCUGUCGUCAUGCAAUCCCGGUCAGACAUCAGCCACACAACUGAGCAGCAUCGGGAUUAUUGAUUGCAUCUCUCCGUCCUCUCCUCCUCAUUCUCCCAGCAGGGGAGAAGGAGGUGACGGUAGGGCCCCCGACCACCUUCUCUCCCGCUCUGUUGAUCACUUGGAGCGUCCCAACCCACAGUUGCUCUCUCGGCCGGGCCAGCUGCUCUGCUGCGGUUCUGUAGAUCUGCUGAGUGGAGGAGAAGGCUACUCCAGAGUGCGCCCCACGCUGGUCAUCCCUGCACACUACAUGCGGCUUCCCGGGGAGCACCCUCUGUCUGGUCAGGCGCUACUGCUGCAGGCUGAUCAGCAGAGUGAUCUAGAGACCAUCCAGGCUGAGCUGAACGCCCAGCAGCCCCGGGGGCAAACCCCGACUGACUGCUCCCCAAGUUCCACCAAUCAGAGUGAUGGAGAAAAUCUGGGUUUGUCGGAGUCUCUGUCUAUCCCGUCAGCGCUCGGUGAAACAGGUCUGGUGGAAAUUAACAGAGAAGACACUUUACUGGCUGAGAAGACAUUGAUGGAGCUGAGAGGAGGGAAGCCUCUGCCUCACCCUCGAGCGUGGUUCGUCUCUCUUGAUGGACGCUCCAAUGCUCAUAUACGCCACUCAUACAUUGACCUCCAGCGGGCAGGGUGCCACAGUAACACACAGCCCUCGGAAGGUCAGCAGGACAGCAGUCGGCAUGGCAGAGGGAACGACGCCAGCCUGGACUCUGGCGUGGACUUAAACGAGCAUAGAGGGGGACGAAGGGGCAGAGAUGCCGAAAAAGAGACGGAGAGAUCCAAGGGGGCAGCAUCCGCUAAAACCUACACCCAGCUUGUCUAUGUGGAUGAUCUGGAGGGCGAAGGCCAUGAGGAGGCGAGCAGCCCUAAAAAUAGAAAAGCAGAACCUUCGCUGUCAGAUAGAGCAGAGGGCAGCGGAGGUGAAACGGAGCAGGGGGGCGUGGAGAACCCAACAGCUGAGGAGUUACAAAUCCAGGAGGAAGCCCCCUCACUGUCCCCCUCCUCUCCCCCUCCCCUCCCAACCCCAGAGGGAGUGACAUUCAGGACUGAUCACGCUCUGCUGUCCGUCUCCCCGGAUGAUGAUGCGACGCACGACGACGGAGAGGAGGAGAGGAAAAGCCCCUGGCAGAGGAGGGAGGAGCGACCCCUUCUGGCCUUCAACAUGAAAUGACCAUUGCCAACAGUGGCCAGCUCUAAAAUACGUUUUGGGUGCUAUUCCUCAUUUUCAAAUUGAGACUAUAUGUUUAAAACGUACAAUCUAGUUCAUUCUGUGCACAAGUAAAUAUAUAAAUUCCACCCAAUCAUAUAGUUUGAUGAUAAGCAACAUUUAAAUACAGAUUGGAUAAGUCAGAAAAGAGGGAGAAGCUAAUAAUAAAAGUGAAGGAUUGCAAUGACACUAGUGCUUAAGAGGUGACCUAUAUUUAGUGAGGUCUCUGUUUUCCCACCUGCUUAUCUCUUUAAAUUCAGAGUAAACUCAAAGAAAGCUUUGUUUUUUAAAAGUAUGUAACUAAAUUUGUCUGCCAUCCAUUUUUUUUCAAUUAAAUGAAGGAAAUAUCUGUUUAAAUAGCACUAAAAAACUAUUUUAGCACUGGUAUCUGUACUGGAAUGGAACUUUUGAGGAUCAUGUUGACAAAUUCAGUUUUGAAAUGACCACUGUUUUUUUUUAUUUUUCUUUUAUACCUAAGCUGUAUGAGGUGACACGUUGCCGGGGCAAGCCAAACGGACUUGGGAGUUUCAACAUAUUAUAUGCACAAAAAUGUAUGCCUUUUUUUAAAUAUGAAACAAGCCUUGUAAUCAUAACUGUGGUAGAAAUCGUUUGAUGGUUCUGGGGAGAAUUGACCAAAGGAACCCCUUUUUUCUUCAGCCAUAUUGGCCUGAAUCCAUUGACAGAACACCAGUUUAAUACAAUCUAACCAUGGUGAUUUUAUUUUAUUUUUAUGUUGUUAUAGUUGUGGAUAAUGUGUCCAAAAAAAGGGCAAAAAAUGCUCUUCUUUGAAUGUUCCAGAGCUACAAUGGGAUCAGCCUUAUUGCAAACCGCUAUUUCCCCUCUUGCUUGAAACAGUGCACCCUACAGGUGUUCAUGUGUACUACAGGGAGAGGAUGUUUUUGCUUUAUGAUUAAACCACUACUUUUUUUUUUUGUUCAUAACCAAAUGAUGUGACCUAAAAAACUAUGCUGGUGAACAAGGAUGUAUUACCACUACACAACUGUAGUCCCAAACAAAAGUUUGAUGAUAUGAAGGGGUUAUAACCGUUGAACCACUGACAUGCAUAUUUUUGCUCUAUGCAUCACUUUCAUAGCUGCUUGAGAUGCCUUCUUUUUGUAAAUAUCAAUCACCUUGAUUUUUAAUUGCCAACAUGAAGUAUUUUACGUACAAAUUGCUAUUUUUUAUUUCUUUUUAAUAUGUUGUGGGAUUUUAGUUUUUUGUAAAAGUGGAAACACGCCUAGCUUCACAUUUAUUUUGGAAAAACACCAGUUUGCUGUGUCUCACCUUGUUCAACCACGUCCCCAUGAUCCAAGUGCCUUUGAACAAUCUGAUUCUGCAAGGCGUGUGUUGGACACACCACCUUGUGUUUGUUUUUACCCUUCAUUUGAUGUUGUUUUCGUCCUCCCUCUCUUCUCUACCUCAGCCUUCACUUUCUCUCCUGCUUGUGAAAGAAAGCAUGCAGUAAGUUUUCCUCCUAGCUAGCAUAUUACAAAGCUACAAUGCAGAUUUAUCAGGAAAAGCCUACCCAACUGCUGCAAUCAUAGACUCCUCUACUGCAAUCUGCAAGAUACUGGUGUUUUAGAAACAGGGAUUGAGGGUUUUUUAGGGUAGCACAUGAAAAGGUGAAGCUACAUUUUCACAAAACUUUCUUAUUUGUAUGUUAUUGGAGGAUGAAUGUUUUUCCUAAAUGUGUUUGUAGUGUUGGGAGUGUCCAUCUGCUGCUGAGUUUGGUUGUUUGAGAUACGGUCAACGUUAUUUGAAUCCUUCCAGUCAUGUUGCAGAGUGUCUUUUCUCACAUUCGUCUGAGUCGUUGACAAGUUUGUCUCUUGGUAUCACACAGCAGCCUCAAAUUAUUGGAUUAAGUAGAGAUGUGCUAUUCAGAGUGAGUGUAAAUUGGUUUGUUGCAUUAUAUUUGAAACGUAUUAUUCCAAAUAAACACCCAAAGGAGAA